UCAAUAAUCCAAGACCAAAAUAAUAUUUGGAGGAAUCUUCCGAAGACUCCUCGGAGCGUAUAAAUGGAAUAAGCCCGAGCAUUUUGUAACUCAAAGACCACUCGAUCGUCGUUCUCGUUCGGCUCCUGGGGAGUGCAAAGAAAUCGCACAGCAGCAGAGAGAACUUGCAUCCAAUCUUGAGCCAGAGAGGUAUCUGAUUACUUGGUACAAUGCCACAUAAGACCCGCCCCAUGACGGCUUUGUUAUUGUUUACCGGAGUAAACGCCAUUUUGGUCUCAACUAUAACUCCCGUUUAUGACUUCGUCUGCUUUCUACCUUACUGGGAGAGAAGGAGAGAACAUCGUCGUCAGGAACGUGAAGCUGCUUUAGCUCAGAAUUCCAGUGCUGGAUCAACAUAGAAUCAACUAGGGUGCCAUGUCUCCCAUACUGGAGUUCCUUUAUUUGCAUCUUGACCUAUCCAUACAAUUUGUUCGCAUCCUCAGCAAGAGGGGUUCUGGUUGAAAUCACUGAGCAAGCUCUCUCUUUACAAGUCCCAGUUGAUUACUAUUUGCAGCUGUACAUAUAAUUGUUGAAUUCUAUUGACAUUUCAUUAUGGUAGGUUGUACUGAUUAGCUCGAACUGAUCCUACCGAUAGUGCUAGUGCAGUCGAUUUCUUCUACCCCACA